AUGAAGUUCCUCGUCGCCCUGGCUCUCGCCGUUUCCCCGCUGCUCAGUGCAGCGUACACCGUUGAUCCCCCAACCACCGCCGCCCCAGACACAAUCGAAGACUGCACCCUCUGGGCCGUGGCCACCUCCACCUCCACCUGCGCCGACCUAAUUGAGCAGGGCUACGCCCUCACCCUCGACCAGUUCAACGCCUACAACCCCUCCCAAGCCGCAGCCUGCAACCUCACCGUCGGCCAGUCCUACUGCAUCGAGAAGAACUGGAGCAUCCCGGACCCGCUCCCAACGUCCACGAGUUCCGCGGCGCCGGGGCCGACGGGGCCUGUCACGGAUCCGGCGACGCUGCUAGCGGUUUGUCGGGCGCAGGGCUCGUACGUAGAGUACUGCGAGAGGUGCUUGUAUCACUGCCAGUACGAGACGACGUACAUUGAAAUGUGUUUUGAUAGUAUCUUUGGGCUGAUUAAUAGGUAUGAUAGCGACUGCUGGCAGCAUGGGGGACGGGACUGCGCGAAUCAGGCGGCAGAUAGGGUCUGUCCGAAGCAGUAG